AUAACGUUCGGUGCAGCGACAUCAUUAGUGAGCAGUGAAGCAGAACGGCCUGAUGCUGUAUCAAGUGUUAGCAAGUCAACUUCGGAAAGAAAGAACCCAUUUUUGGAUAUUGAAGAUGGCGAUGAUAACUCGAUUAACAUCGAAGAUGAGUCAAUGGAGCCAGAAGAUGUUGAUUAUGCCGCUACAGCCAGCUAUUACAGCAGUCAACCAUUCUUCACACAUCGACCGGGCCCAGUUUACACGAUUCCUGAAGAUGAGGAGCAAGAUGAUGGCCAAAUCAACACCGACUCGAAGUUUUACGGUAAAAUUCUCCAUCGCUUACCAUUCUGAUAAACUUAUAAACUGUACAUCCUUUCUGUUUAGAGCAGGUCUUAAUUUGUAA